AUGCCCGACAUUGUAGCACCCGGAAGGGCAGACAGAAUGUUCGUGAAGCGCGCUGGGACAGAUUUCGGCAAACAGACCGCCCCAGCCGCCGGUAUCCAAAAUCCAAGCAGAAUCGUGUACGUCGGGCCCACCAAAGGCAACGAGUUAGAGAAAGCACACAAUCGACAGGCAUCUGGGUGCUCUGCUGGAGGCUAUAGUCCUUGUAGCGAGUUCCCAUUCAGCCAGAAGUGGAGCCUCAAGACAGCAGGUCAGGGUGAAUACGAUUGUGAUGAAUGGCCACCUGCAAUGUCUCAGCAGUUACCAUUCGACGAUCCGAACCGACUGGCACCAAACAGUCUACGCUGCAUGGUAGCUGACGAGAAUCAAGACAUCGGUCGCAAGCUGGGUCGCAUUGUAACAAGCAACGGUAUGGUCCGCGACGACUUCUUCGACGUGGACUUUGACAUCACUGGUGCUGAUCAGACUAAACUCAAGUUUUGUCAGCCAAACCCAAACCCGAGGGGUGUCUGCGGUUCCGACGGCAUGCAAUUCGAGCUCUCGGAGAAGACGUGGGCAUCCGGCAAGCUUAGCAGUUACUACAACCGCAAUGGCGACGACAACAAGUAUAAAUUGACUGACACUGCCUACGCGGAGCUUUACCAAUGCGGCGUCGAAUUCACGCGCGACGGCGAUGCGACGAUCAAGGACAUCAAGCUCAGUGACUGGGAGAACAAGGAAUUUACGCCAGCUCAGUGCAACUUGGCCAACAACGGCGACACAUGCGACCUGCAGGGCCUUCCCAACGAUCUGCAGGUAAAGCGCACCGGCAACUUUGGUACCAAGCUAGAGUUUGAGUACGCACCGGGACAAAACGGCGCAAACGUCAACUUCUUCGAUUGGGACUCGGAUAUGAAGGGCAAUGGUCGUGGUCCAUGGACCGACCCCGAAUCGGACCCGAAUCGGCAACCCACGCGCUUCUGCAAGGUCGUCGAUGGGAGUGCGCCGAAUACGCAGAGCUUUAAUUGCUGGUUUCCUUGCUACAAGAACGCGAAUGGCCAGUAG